GCUCUCCGUCAUCCUGCUAUGUGAGCGCACCGGAGGCUACUGCGGUAAGAUGCGGCGACGCACGAUGCCGAGCGGUUGAUGACAUGAUGCGCAGUGGCCGAACGACUGGGGGGAGACACGGAAAUAAGAUUCACUGCGUGGUGUUCAGCUCUAAUUUAGACGAUGGGACAGAAGUGAAUGCAUGUUUAACUCAUUUGUAGUGCUGUAGCGCCAGUGGUGCAGGCCGACUGGAAGGAUGUGGCGGCGCUGAUCCCACUAAAGGACGCUCCACAGCCCGAGGACGGUUGAAUAAAGGCUUCGUCAGUAAACAACAAGGAAGCACAAAGACAUUAAGUAAAGGACACUUCAUUCAAAGCCUGGACCGGAGACACCUAGGCAUCGAACGAGCUAAGAAACAAGCAAACCUUUCAUCGGGCAUCCCUUUCAGGACAUAAAGGCUGGGGAUAGUGGUUUUUCCAGGUGGUUUUAUGACAGCUGAGUCAGUGAGAAAGACUGGCCGACGGGGUGGGCAGUGAAGCUCUGAAGAAGGCAUCGCUGAGCAUCAGUCUGGUUGAAAACAAACUUCUCAUUAUCCUCUCCAUCAUCGGCGCUGACAGCUGGACGUCUGACCUGGGCGUUUCUUUUCUUCGCCAGGAGACUCUCCAAAGUUAAGGAGCGAUUAAGGGGAAACAGAAGCACAACUCCAUCUCGCUGUCAGGAAAAACAACCCAUUCUAUUUUUGUCUUUGUGUCCAAAAACUCAGAUGUCGUUAGAAUGCACUGAGUCAGCUCUCUCUUGCAGUGUCAAGUAAAUAUAUUCUCCCUUGUCAGAAUGAAUCAGUAAGACAUUCUCAAGAGUAUUUCAGCUACUGCAUAAUGCUUAGGGUAUUUUUUUCCAAACUGUGAUCUUUUUACAUUUGAGCUUUCACGCUCUGAAUCAAGAAUAGACUCUUGAUAGGGCCAGCAUUCUCUUAUAAAUGAGAAUUCAACUUGACCUGACAGGCUGCAUUUUAAUAAAGUAUAAGCGAGGAUGAACCAAUAAAACAUAAAUGAGGCCAACAACAAGCACCAUGCUCCAGCAGAAUAACAACAACAACUACCCCUGCCUGAAUGUGUCAGGCUCCACCCGGGACAUGCUCCAGAAGUGCUCCAGAGCCUCUCUGCCCUUCCCCAGCCGGCUGGAGCUGGGCCUGGGAGACCUGCCGCUGAUCCGAGGCCUCCGAGCCUGGGCCCUGUGCUCCAAGAGCCGCCGAAAGGCUGGUGGUAUGCUGGGAGGAGGACAAGCCCCCACAGCUCCUCCUGUGGUCCGCGGGGGUUCGACUUCCUGCCCCAGGCCUGCAGAUGUGUACCUGAGCGGGGAGUGGGGUCGCAUGGGGUACGGGCUUCCCUUGGGACUGGAUGCCAGGCAGGCUGGGAUCGGAGCUUUGGUAACAGUUGCCACUCUGAAGACCUCAGAGGGUGGUGGGAAGACCCAAACUCAAUGCCUCUUCCUCCGGACUGAGAAAGGGAGCUGUUUGUACUCCACAGCUAAGCCCAGUUCUGGUGCGACUAACAGUGCCGCCUCCAGCGUGGUUGGGGGAUGGCUGAGAGGGAAGACAGGAGGAGAAGGAGGAGGAGGCAGAGACAUCCCAACUGGGAGAAGGGACAAUGGGCCAACUCCGCCGGCACAUACCGGAGUAAACCGGGUUAGGGUGCGAUCUGGCCGGAGAUGGAGGAAAUCCAGUAAUGCAGCAGCCCGGGAGAAAACAGGCGUGAGCAGAGAGAGGCAUCAGAGUAGCAGGGAGGAUCCUGCCGGAGAAAUCCCUCUGGAAGAAAGGCAGGAAGAGCUAGACAAAGGAGGCCUGGCCAGUAAACAGUUUCCCAGCCCGCAGCAGGACAGCAGGAGAGCCAGACAGGAGAAAGAGGGAGCAUGCAGAAGUCCUAGAUGCUGCCACAAUGCUUCUCUCAAAACCUGUACUCAGUGUGGAAGGAAAGCACAGAGGAGGGAAAGCCAGGAUCCACACGAGGGAGGUGAAAGUCCAAGAAGAAGCACCUCAAACAGGCUGAACAGUGAGGUGAAAGGAAUGAGGAAGGAGAGGCAAAAGAAUGAGGAGGAGGAGAAGGAAUGCCUCAGCACAUUAGAGUCAUCUAACUCUGUUUUGGCUGUACCAAAACCUGACCUAGAAUUGAACCACUUUCACCCAGAAUCUCACAGCGGCUGUGAUGUUGAAGAGAUCAGAGAAGCCGAGAGCAACGAGGAGCUAAAGGCACAAACCUCUCACGGCAAGGACGACUAUACGGAGAGAGAGGAGGAUACAAACUCUGAGGUUAUGAAAAUACAUACCGGACUUGAUGAUUUCAUUCAUGGCCACUCUGGACCGGUGACAGAUGACUUUACAUCACGACAUAACAGAUAUUGUGACAGAAAACAAAGUGUAAAAGAAGUAAUAGCAGCUAAUGUGAAUGGAUUUUCGGAUCACGUGGAGGCAGAUCAAGAAUCAGAAAAAGAGAUGGAGAGUGCGGAUGUUGAAGAGGAGGAAGGGAGCUUUAAUCAGACGCCUACAGGAUUCUCGGUUGUAUCUGACUGCUAUGAGGACGUCUCUGUCUCCACCUGCCCUGCCUCCAUCAGCACCGCAGUCUCCCCCGAGCACUGCAAUGCUGACCGUGACACUUGUGGUGGUCGGAGAGAGCAAGAGAACAGCAGAGAAGAUUCCCUCGAGGGGUAUCAACAAGGGGUAGCAGACCCAGGGAUUAGUACGGGUAAAGAAGAACUGGAUGUAAGCACAUUUGAGCAACAAGAGCUGAACUGUGUGGCUGACGAGGACAACACUGGGAACGAGAACAAAAACAGAAAACCUCUGUUGCUCUUUCAAACGGUAGGAAACAGCAAAGAGCUGGAGGAGAGAGAGGCUCCAUUGUCGCCUCUCAGACACGUAGCUCCUUCCAUUUUUGAGACAGACAGCAGAAACGUUACCGAAAACAGUUGCCACCGUUGUACAACUGAGCUUAAUGGAGCAGAGCGGAGAGAUGAGCUGGUGUGGGAUGUUAGAGAAGAGGAGUCACAGGAGGAGAAUAUAGGGGAGAGAGUAAAUCCUAGGGAAGGGGAUGAAGCCGGGGAGAUUUGGAGAAGGGAGUGCACCUGCAACGAGCCAGACGAUGGCGAGGGUAAAAGCGAUGACGAUAAAGAACGACACCCUGAGGAUGACUUGAAUGACAGUACCAUACAGGAGGAUAAUGACAAAGAAGUAACGAAAAACUGUGCACUAAAAGACAACUGGGGAUGCAGUGGAAGGAAGAAAGAGGUUGGAGCCACCUGUGGACAAACAAGCAUCAGUCACAUUGAAGCGAAUGGAGAGACCAGCACAAACAUCACAAAUGUUGCCUGUGCUGAUCCCUCCACCGCUCUUGCACACUCCCUGGCUAAUCCUGCCCCCUUGUUGCCUCCCCUGGGAUCCAUGGCAACAUGCCUGCCCUGUCUGGAGACGGAGGAGGAGGAGGAGGAGGAGAAGGAAGGGGUCGGCGUGCCAGCACAAGACCUAAAAGAAGGCCAGGAAGGGAAGAGGAGGCUCGGGAGACAGGUGGAAGAGCACGGCGAGGAGGAGAGGGGCUCCACCGUGGCCACUGAGGAGGUGGGGAAAGAGGAGGAGGAGGAUAAGGAGGAAGAUGAGUUUGGAGUAUUCAUGCAGGCAGAGGGAAAGCCAGCCUGCAGCGCGGGAUACACCAUGUCUGCCUCAGUGCCUUGUGGGAGCAGAGAAAGUGCUGCACUUGGAAACCACGCCAUCACCGGGGAGUCGACCCACUGGACACCAGGCUGGACAGACAGCUCCUUCCACCAAUCAGACGACACCUGGACAGCUUUUCCUCAGGAUUCGUCAGAUGAAGGCCGAGACAUGGUGGGACAGUGGUGGCCAACCAGCGCCGUGGAGGAGAGCAGAAACAGCCUCUUGGCCAAUCAGAAUCUGGCGGCUGUCUUUGCUGAAGCCUUCCCCUCGCUGCCUGCUUCAUCUUCAAGUGACCCCUGUGACCACGAUACUGUUCCCACACUGACCCAGCUCCUCAGGGGCAGAGCCAGCCAGGACCAGGGGCUGUUGGACAGUUUCCAUGACUUGAACAAAAUGAUAUGCCAGAGAUACAAGAGAGAGAAUGGCGUGUCUCGUGACCUGCUGCUGAGGACUUUGCGCCUGGCGCAGCCGCACACUGAAAGCAGACCUGCUCCCUGGACAUCCAAUCGCCGUCUCUCCCCCGGCCUCCCCUCGGCCAAUCAGCACGCUCAGAAUGCUGCCGCUAAGCGACGGCUGUCAUAUGACUACAACAGAAACACCAUGGAGUAACUCUGCGGGUUCAGCUCUGGUUGGACUGUGAUUGAUCAACAUGUUCCUGAAGAACUGCAGGUUUUAACCCCAGCAGGGCACAACGGACCAACGGCAGGUUUCUCAAGACUCUGGAUUAACAACAUGUGUACUAUCUGCCAGUCAAAUACUGAUGGAUACACUCCCUGGUUAAUUAAGCCUGAGCCACAGAGAAGCCGUAACCUGGAUGAAAAUGGAGCGACGGUUGUGUUUCAGAUCUUGUCUCCUCCAGCUCCUGUAGAUGGUGGAGUGUUUCCAUUACACAUGUGCCACUUGUUCACCACCACCACCACCCCCCUCCUCCUGUUUUAUAUUUUAAUUUUCCUAUUCGACCCUGCUAACAGCAGGAAGAGUCAAGAACAUUAUGUCACCACGCCAACCCUAAAAUAUUUCCUUCCUGUUCUUUUAUUAUCUAAGAUUUUAAUUCUACCUAAAUAGAAAUAUUUCUCUUUGUCAGAGCUGCUGUUUUCGGCAGAAGCUGUCUCAUUGUUUGAAUGAAACCUCAAUGGGUUGAGUCACACAAAAACAUUGACUUGCAGGGAAUGAAUGAUUUUGGAUGGUCAGCAUGCUUUGCUAACUAGUUCAUCCUUAUUGAUAUAAGCAAAUAUUUCUUCCUCACUCUUCUCCUUCUCUUAUCUUUUGCCUUUUGAUUAAAGAUGAGAUAGUUUUCUUUUCCAGAAUAGUGUCACUGUGGCUCCACCAAAGAGUCGUCCAACUCCAACCAAUGAGAUUGUUUCUUUUUCUAGAGCAGCUCUGCCAGAAAGGCUGUAGAACUGGUGUUGUGUUCGUGUCAUGUGGAAGUGGAAGAAAGCAAUAAGAGCAAAUGAUUUCUGUUACAACUUGCAACCAUUUAAAUUAUCAUACAGUUCAAGAUGGCAGUUGGCAAUGUUGAAAUUUGCACACGGAAAUUAUUCUGAAGGUAUUUAGCACUAACCUGUUUGGGCGUAAAAAAAAAUAAAAUAAAAUUACAUUGUUUUUAUAACACACAAGUUCCAUUUACAAAUGAGUGUGACAUAACGCUUCUGUCUGCCUCCCAUAAAUGAUUGUUUUCUUGGAGACAAAAAGCAUUUAGUUUAUUUAUGGAGCACAUUUCAAGCCAAUUCCAAGUUCUUUACAUAACCCAUUAAGAGCAUUGAGACAAAGUGCAAAAGAAAUACACUACAAUUAAAACAGUCGUUAAAGAGCCAAGAGAAUAGGAAAUGAAAACAAGCUCAAAUAGAGUAAGCUAUAAAAUACAAGAAUAAAAGUUACAGUGCAGACUAGGAAAUUAAUUAUUUGAUUUAAUAAGAGGCAGAAGCAAACAGAAAAGUCUUCUGAGAGUUGCAGCGGACCUGUGGUUUUCUGGGAGUUUGUUCCACAUAUAUGGUGCUUAAAAACGGAACGCUGCUUCCCCGUGUUUUGUUCUGACUCUGGGGACAGAAAGCAGACCCGUCACAGACGACGUGAGAGAUCUGACAGGCAAACAAGGCAUUGACAUUUUUUUUUUUUACUCGUAACCUGCCACCUGCCACUACUAGGGGCGCUAAUUUAUGAAGCGCUUCUAUGGGUCCCAUUAGAGGGUAUUUUCGUAUGGUUUGGAGAUGUGGUUCAAACCUGUAGUGUAUAUGUAUGGAUGCCAACAUAUCUCUCCAGAUGUAAACGUCAGCUAGAUUCAUGCAAGCGUCAAAGCUCAUUUCCCUCCCUUUUGUGUUUCUGAAUGAGUGAAGUAACAGAAAAUCAUAUUAUCCCACUGGAGAGCAAAGUAAAGCAUUAUUUUUACUGGCAGAAUGCUCACGAUGCAUCCAGAUGGGAUGAGUCUUACAUUUUUGAUGCAUGUACUUUCAUUGUGUGUUUGCUACAGAAAAGCCAAUGACAAGAAUUAAUCUUGAAAUAAUUUUGGUUCCUCAGAGAAACAAGUUUGUCUUCCAGUUAGUGCCAACAGGAACACCAAUGAAAGUGCCAAUGUUUACGAGGUAACGGAAGCGAAGCGGAUUCAGGAGGAAACGCUGCCUCUGGUUUCUCAGAGACACUGAAGUAGACUCAAACAAAAAUGUUGGCAUGUGAUGUUUCUCUGUUUUCUUUGUCUUUCCGUCUGGCUUCCUGUUUGCCUCUCUCUCUUUCAGCACGCUCACAGUUGAGUCCACGGGCAUAACUUCUGAAUCUAGCUGCCGAUCAAAACAAUGUUUUUCUUUUCUGAUAAUAUUGUUUACAUUAUGACCACGUCAAUGAUGCACUGUACAUUUUUAAUUUCGACAUUCUAUUACAUUUUCUCACCUCAGAAGGUUUAUUUUGCUUGUAUAUUUCAAUUGUCAACUCAAAUCAUUUGUGAUGAAAUUCAGAAACAAUCGAGUGUGUGUGUCUGUCAUUUGUACAAACUACAAAUUGCUGAAAAAGAAAAGAAAUAUUUUCUGAUCGGUCUCAAAUGAGGAAGCAGUUGCCGCCUUGUUAACUGACGUAAUAAAAUGAUACUGUGUGAUGGCUGA